GUUGAGAGGUUGAGGCUGUAGGAUCAAUGGCCCAGAAUUCCAAAAGAAUGAAGGAAACGACUGUGGAAGCAGAAGAUGAUCCCAUGGCUUGGAAAUGGGUCAUUCGUAAAAGGGUUUGGGAUUUUAUGGAGGCUCAGAAUAUUGCCCAGAACCCCAGACCCGUUCAUCAUCGGAUCCCAAACUUUGUUGGUGCCUCAGCUGCUGCCAAAAAAUUGAGUGUGCUGGAAGUAUUUCUGAAGGCAAUAUGUGUGAAGGUAAACCCGGAUUCGCCUCAGAAGCAAGUCAGGCUUCUCACUCUUUCUGAUGGAAAGAAGUUGCUCACUCCGCAACCCCGUUUGAGAACCAAUUUCUUUUCAAUACUUGAGUCCUCUAUUCUUACUCAUAGUACCAUCAACGAGGCAUGCACUUCUGAAGGGGUUGCAAAGUAUGGAAGGCCAAUUGGGUUGGAUGAAAAGAUCAAGGUAGAUGUAAUUGUCAUUGGUUCAGUUGCUGUAGAUCCAAAGACUGGGGCUCGACUCGGCAAGGGAGAGGGAUUUGCUGAACUUGAAUACGGCAUGCUGCGGUAUAUGGGGGCCAUUGAUGAUUCAACACCGGUGGUUACCUCAGUGCAUGACUGUCAGUUGGUAGAUGAUAUUCCAGUUGAGAAACUGCUGGUCCAUGAUGUCCCCGUUGACAUCAUAUGUACUCCUACCCAAGUUAUUUUCACUAAUACAGCAAUUCCAAAGCCUCAAGGCAUCUACUGGGAUAAGUUGUCUACACAAAAGCUGGGCCAAAUUCGGAUACUUAGAGAGCUCAAAAGCAGAAUCGAACUGGAGACGGGGCACCCCCUUCCAUGUGGUCCAUCUGAGAGAUUACCCCCUACAGCUUAAGGAAGGUACCGACGUUCUUAAAUACCAAAGAAGAUGGACGACGAAUAAUAACAGAAUCCAAUGUGUGGACUUUAAAUGACUCGAUAAAAAUAAAGGUUUUUUUUUUUAAGAUAAUGUUUUGUAGGGUUCAUCUUAUUAGCACAAAUUGUUGUCCACUGCGAAGAGUAAACAUUAAGGCUCGGCAGGGUAUAGAGGAUGGAUAAUUUGUUAAGCUGAUGGUUAAGAUUCAUAACAACUUUCUUACUUUGUAGUUUAAUCAUUGUAUGAUGUUGGGAGACACUAGUUUUGAAAUAUAUAUUGAUUUUUGAGAUACAA